AUGUUGACGCUUCCUGUCGCCUCCGUCGAAACCUGCGCGUCCUUCGCCACCUCUCUCGCCACCAACGCCCGUAGCACCGCUGCUCGUCGCCUCGGCUCGGCGAAUUUCCUGGGCGGGCAUAAAGUCCUGCUCGCAGCCACCGCUGUGCCAGUCACGUCCGUGAAGUCUUCUAGGCCGGUCACCACGGAAUCUCUUUUCUCCUUUGCCGGGUGGGGCAAGCCAGCAGCACCUAUGGCGGCGGCAGGAGUGGCGCAGGAGCCGGACACGGACAACCCCGGCGCGGGGCUGCAGUUCGCCGAGUUCGGCGCGGGCUGCUUCUGGGGUGUCGAGCUCGCAUUCCAGCGGGUCCCCGGUGUUGUCAAGACGGAGGUUGGAUACACGCAAGGCAUCAAUGACAAGCCCACAUACGAGCAGGUGUGCUCUGGGCGCACAGGCCACGUGGAGGCGGUGAGAGUGGUGUAUGAUCCCAAGGAGGUGUCCUACGAGGGGUUGCUAGAUGUGUUCUGGGGCAGGCACGACCCCACCACUCUCAACCGCCAGGGAGGUGACGUUGGCACACAGUACCGCUCAGGGAUUUACGUCUUCUCACCUGAGCAAGAGGAAAUUGCGAAGAAGUCUCUGGAGGCGAGACAGGCUCAGAUUGGUAGGAAGAUCGUGACGGAGAUUAUGCCUGCAAAAAAGUGGUAUCCUGCUGAGAGCUACCAUCAACAGUAUCUUGCCAAGGGUGGAAGGUUUGGCAUGGGGCAAUCAGCGGCCAAGGGUUGCACAGAUCCCAUCAGGGCCGCUUCUGGCGGCGCAGAAAGCGGGGGGGGAGGCGGAGCUAGCGACAAUAAGUUCCUGCGGGUGUCGAUCCAGUCCGUUGCGCUCGCGCUGGUGUUCGGCGGAGCGGCGGCGUUUCUCCGCAUGCUGCUGUCCGCGCUCCCCCCGGACUUCCUGUCGCGCUGGAAAAAACUGUUUGCGGAGCAGCCGCACUUCGACCCUAAGGCCGCCGUCGAAGCGCGCCGAGCCACCGCCAUCUACGACUGCCACGGCGACUUAAUUGCCACCGUCGUUCCCGGCGGGUUCGGCGGGCGGCGGAAGGACGCGAGCAAGGGACAGGCGCCGUUGAAACCGACAGAGGUGCCGGCGGUGAUGUGGCAGGCGGUUAUUGCGACGGAGGACCGACGGUUCUUUGAACACCAGGGGUUCGAUCCCAAGGGCCUGACACGUGCCAUUAUGUCAUUGGCGCGCACGGGUGGCGGGAGUACGAUCACGCAGCAGCUGGUGAAGAACGUGUUUCUGUCGAAUGAGCGGCGGUGGACGCGCAAGCUGGUGGAGAUUAUACUGGCCGUGAUUAUAGAGAGGCGCAUGACCAAGUGGGACAUCCUGCACCUCUACCUCAAUAAGAUCUACUGGGGCCACGGGGUGACGGGGCUGGAGGCGGCAUCGGCGCUCUACUUUGGCAAGCACCCAUCGCUGCUCACGCUGGGCGAGUGCGCCAUGCUCGCUGGUAUCAUUCCCGCGCCAGAGCUGCUCUCGCCCUACCGUGAUCCUUCCAGGGGGCGCAAGCCCCAGGCGCGGGCGCUGAGGCGCAUGGUGGAGGCGGGGUUUCUGGACAUCACCACGGCCACGGAGGCCAUGCAGCAGCCGCUAAGGCUGGGGUCUGAGGCCAAGCACGGCACGUCCGGGCCCUGGCGAGCUCCCUUCUUUGUCAGCGAGGUGCUGUACGAGCUAGCACAGAAGUACGGGCGCGAGGAGGUGGUGAGGGGCGGGCUGCAGGUGCACACGACGCUAGACCUGACUAUGCAGGACGCGGGCGAGAAGGUGGUGGGGGACGGCACGCGCGAGUACGACCAGGAGAGGGAGGCGGCGGCACAGAGGGACAUUGCUGCGAUUGCCAUGAAGCUGGAGGAGUUGAGGGGUAGGAGGCAGCAGCAGAUUCUGGCUACCGUGGCUGCUGCUGCUGUCAAGAGGUCAGCAGAGUUCCGCAAGAAGAACGGCCAGACACAAAAGACCGUGUCCGAGAUGAUGGCGGACGAGACAGCAGCAGUGGCACGCACCCUCGAGCGAUUCGCAGCCUUGGAGCGCACGCUGACUACUGCCAUGCAGCGCUACGAGAACGAGCUCAAGAACGCUCAGGCCGCCAGGUUAGAAGGAGCCAUGGUGGCAAUGGACCCGCUCUCAGGUGCAGUGAGAGUGCUGGUGGGCGGCAGGGACUACUAUGAGAGCUGCUUCAACCGUGCCACCCAGGCUCUCCGCCCCCCCGGGUCCACCUUCAAGCCCGUCGUCUACCUCACUGCGCUCGCCGAGGGCAUCACCAAGGACUAUGUGUUGGUGGACGAGCCGUACGAGGUGGGGGGGUUCGCCCCGGAGAACUACGACCGCAAGUUCCGCGGGCCCGUCACCCUUGAAGAGUCGCUGCUCAAGUCGCUCAACGUGCCCACUGUGAAGCUGUGCGCUGAGAUCGGCGUGGACAAGGUGAGGGAUAGGAGAGUUGACGAGCUGGGCAACGUGUGCACUGAGCUGAGCUGGGCAACGUGUGCACUGAGCAUUCUCAAAAGUGAUUUCAAUACUGAGCUGGGCAAUGAGUGCACUGAGCUGGGCAAUGAGUGCACUGAGCUGGGCAAUGAGUGCACUGAGCUGGGCAAUGAGUGCACUGAGCUGGGCAAUGAGUGCACUGAGCUGGGCAAUGAGUGCACUGAGCUGGGCAAUGAGUGCACUGAGCUGGGCAAUGAGUGCACUGAGCUGGGCAAUGAGUGCACUGAGCUGGGCAAUGAGUGCACUGAGCUGGGCAAUGAGUGCACUGAGCUGGGCAAUGAGUGCACUGAGCUGGGCAAUGAGUGCACUGAGCUGGGCAAUGAGUGCACUGAGCUGGGCAAUGAGUGCACUGAGCUGGGCAAUGAGUGCACUGAGCUGGGCAAUGAGUGCACUGAGCUGGGCAAUGAGUGCACUGAGCUGGGCAAUUAG